AUGUCUUCACCUUUGACCAUCGAUUUUUCGGGAAAAUGCGUCAUUGUAACUGGGGGUAACCGCGGAAUUGGACUCGCGUAUAGCCGCGCUCUCGCUAAGGCUGGUGCCCGAGUGGCAAUCGUCUACAGGAGUAACCCAGAUGCCCCUAAAGUCGCUAAAGAGCUUCAAGAGGAAUACAAAGUCAAAGUCCAGGCUUACAAGUGUGACGUCACCAACGCUGAGCAGACAGUUAACACUUUUGCUCGCAUCGACAAAGAACUUGGCCCCGUCACAGGUCUUGUUGCAGUGAGUAGAACCGUUUCCCGCCAGAUGAUGUCUCAAUACGAUCGGUUUGAUCACAGAAUGCUGGGGUUUUCUGCCGUGAAGCCUGCUUUCGAUCUGACUACGGAGGAUUUCAAUAAAGUGUACGGUGUCAAUGUCCUCGGCGUAGUUCAACAGCGCCGUGGCUGCUGCAAAGUAAGCUCCACCAUGCUUUGGAAAGGCAAGGACUUGAAGAACCUUUCGAUCGUGAUCACGUCCUCCAUGAGCUCGCAGAUCAUUAACCAAGCUUCGACAAACGAACCCUUGACACAGGUCUUCUACAACUCCUCCAAGGCCGCCGUCUCCAACCUCACAAAGGGGUUGGCUGCUGAGUGGGCUAAACACAACAUUAGAGUCAACGCAGUGUCUCCCGGCUAUGUGGAAACGGAUCAAACUCGUGAUUUGCCCAGAGACGUCAUCGACUAUGAAAGGCAACACAUUCCCUUGGGAAAAUUCGGUCGUCCCGAUCAGAUCUCAGGCCAGGCACUUUUCCUCUUGUCUGAGCAUGCCAGUUACAUGACUGGCGGGGAGCAUUUCGUUGACGGCGGCCAGCUUAUCUGGUAGAUUCACUUGCCAUCGUAAGGGAGUCGUGAUCAAUGGCGCGGCUUAAGAGGGAGUGGUUCAUUACAAUGUAUGGAUGUAAU